GUUCAGUUAUAUGGUUAUAUACACUCGUUCUUCAGUUAUAUGAUUAUAUAUAUAUAGCUAGUCUUGACUGUCAAAGGAUGCACUUUUGACAAAUGCAGUAUGGAAGGAUAUGUCCUAGCCAAUCAAAAUGCACCAAAUUGUCAACCCAUCACACAUCGAUUCGUGUUGUUGUUUAGGUUGGCCCAGGGCAAAAAAUUCAUCUUGAAAUGUGUAUACCAUACAUUGAAUAUGCUUAAAUCGCACUCCAAAAUAAGGAUAAUACACCCUUGCAGACAAAAUUAUGGAUUCAAAAAAUCGGAGUGGGGUACUGUAGUACAUAGUAGCACCAAAUAUCAAAGCCCAAAACAUGAAUCAAGUGUGCAAAUAAAGUAUUCUCGCUUGAAUAACAUCCAAGUACUUGUACUAGGGUGACUCUGGACGGUUUUCCAUGCAACAUUCAGUACAAACAAACAAUUGAUCGAUUGAAAUGUUGGCUGAAAGAGCGAAGAAAUAAGUCGGACGACAAGAGGUCGACCAAUUAAAAAUUAGAACGCUAAUCAAGGUCCAAUCCAAAUCACUUUUGAACCAUUCAAAACUGAAAAUUAGUGUGCGUCUAAAUACAAUAUAGCGUGACCUUUGACUCUUUGCAUACAAAAUUCAGUACAAAGAAAAUCAAUCGAUGGCGAAAUAGCAUAAACGGCCAAAUGUUGGCUGACUGGACAGUAUAUAUAUACUUCAUAUAACAACAGUUCAUACGACAAUACAAGUACAAAGUAUAUA